AGGCACACGCAAGGCGCUGUCCUUUCAGCACCACAAGCUCCGACUGAGGCGGGAGGACUCCCGGCUGUCCUCCUCCUCUUCAAAUUGGCUUGAAUCUGCUCUGACCCCCCUAAGCGUACCACAGAGUCUGGAAAGAAAGGCGUAAGGAUGGUGAAGCUGAACAGCAACCCCAGUGAGAAGGGAGCCAAGCCGCCUACCGUGGAGGAUGGUUUCCAGACAGUCCCUCUCAUCACUCCCCUGGAGGUUAACCACUUGCAGCUGCCUGCUCCAGAAAAGGUGAUUGUGAAGACAAGAACAGAAUAUCAACCUGAACAGAAGAACAAAGGGAAGUUCCGGGUGCCGAAAAUCGCUGAAUUUACGGUCACCAUCCUUGUCAGCCUGGCCCUAGCUUUCCUCGCCUGCAUUGUGUUCCUGGUGGUUUACAAAGCCUUCACCUAUGACCACAGCUGCCCAGAGGGAUUUGUUUAUAAGCACAAGCGCUGUAUCCCAGCCUCCCUGGAUGCUUACUACUCCUCCCAGGACCCCAAUUCCAGAAGCCGUUUCUACACAGUCAUCAGCCACUACAGCGUGGCCAAGCAGAGCACUGCCCGGGCCAUCGGGCCGUGGCUGUCGGCAGCUGCUGUCAUUCAUGAGCCCAAGCCGCCCAAGACCCAGGGCCACUAGAGUCCCACUCCAGUCAGAAUGGGGGGCGGAGAGGGGCCCCUGCUGGCUAUGCCAAGCUCCAGUUACAAGACAACACUGUACUCCUGGGAGGCGGGGGUGGGGGAGGGCAGGGGCGGGGGGAGGAACUCACCGAAGCUAUCGUGCACUGGAGUUGUCUGAAUCGAUAUUUCUUUUUGU